CGAACAACUGUGGUCGAGCCGUUGUCUCGUCGUCUUGUGUGAUUAUACUAAAGUGAUCUUAUACUUUUAUAUUGUUUGCAAAUGGCGGAAGAGGAGCAGGAAUACUAUGGUUAUUAUUACGGGGAGGAAGAUAAAGGAUUACUUGAUUCAGCAUGGGAAAAACAACAGAGAAAAACGUUUACCGCCUGGUGUAACUCUCAUCUGAGGAAAGUUGGUGGCCAAAUAGGUGAGCUUGAGGAAGAUCUGAAAGAUGGUGUGUUACUGCUCCAACUUUUGGAGUGCCUUUCUGGUGAAAAGCUACCCAAAGCAGAAAAAGGAAGGCUACGAUUUCAUCGCAUCGCAAACGUAAACAAAGCGCUUGAUUUCGUGGCAUCCAAAGGAGUUAAACUAGUCUCCAUUGGCGCUGAAGAAAUUGUGGAUGGCAACCCUAAGAUGACAUUGGGGAUGAUCUGGACAAUUAUUCUGCGGUUUGCUAUUCAAGAUAUUGCGAUCGAAGAUAUGUUUGCAAAAGAUGGGUUAUUGUUGUGGUGCCAAAGAAAGACAGCCCCAUAUAAGAAUGUCAAAGUACAAAAUUUCCACUACAGUUUUAAAGAUGGUCUUGCAUUUUGCGCCUUGAUUCAUCGCCAUAGACCCGAUCUUAUCAAUUAUGACUCUCUUCGAAAGGAUGACCCCUAUACCAAUCUGAACACUGCUUUCAAUGUAGCUGAGCAAUAUCUAGACAUCCCUAAAAUGUUGGAUCCUGAAGAUAUGGUUGAGAAUGAGAAACCUGAUGAGCGUGCAGUCAUGACAUAUGUAUCUUCAUACUACCAUGCUCUGACAAGCUCACAGCAGGCCGACACAGCUGCCAAGAGAAUUGGAAAAGUCUUAAACAUCAACAGAGACAAUGAAAAGAUGAUGGAGGAUUAUGAAGGKCUGGCUAGCAAUCUUCUGGAUUGGAUAAACCAAAAACUUCCUCAGAUGGAAAGUAGAGAAACUGAUGGCACUCUAGCUGAUAUGCAGAGAAAACUUGAAGACCUCAGAAACUACAGAAAAGGAGAAAAACCACCCAAAGCUGAAGACAAAGGUACCUUGGAAACUAACUUCAACACCCUGCAGACAAAACUAAGGUUGAGCAACAGACCUGCAUUCCUGCCUUCUGAGGGAAAGAUGAUCAAYGAYAUUAAUGACGCAUGGGGAAGGCUAGAGAAUGCUGAGAAAGAUUAUGAAGACUGGCUUUUAAUUGAAAUGAGGAGAAUGGAGAGACUUGAUCAUUUAGCUGAGAAGUUUAGACACAAGUGUAAUAUCCAUGAGCAGUGGACUCACGGCAAGGAUGAGUAUCUUUCACGAGAUGACUACUCCAAUGCUUCCCUGAGUGACAUUUUGGCCAUGAAGAAGAAGCAUGAGGCUUUUGAAACAGACCUGGCUGCUCAUCAAGACAGAGUAGAGCAAAUAAAUGCCAUUGCUGAGGAGCUUGCCUCAUUGGAGUAUAGUAAAAUUGAUGAAGUUCAAAAGCGCCGACAGAACAUCUGCCAGAACUGGGAUUACCUUGGUGAACUAACCAUGGCUCGUCUUCAGAAGCUCGAGGAAAUUCAGCAACGUCUUGAAGAGCUUGACAACCUUCGUUUGGAGUUUGCCAAAAAGGCAGCUCCUUUCAAUAAUUGGCUAGAAGGAGCAAGAGAAGAUUUAAUGGAUAUGUUUAUUGUUCAUACUAUUGAGGAGGUUCAGGAACUUCAAGAAGCUCACGAGACAUUCAAAGCCAACAUGCCUGCUGCCGAAGAGGAAUUCAACUCUAUCAUGGAUCUUGCUGACCAAAUAAAGCAAUUGAGCAGCCAAGAAAAUCCCUACACCUCUCUAACGUCUGAAGACAUUGAAACAGCAUGGCACGAAGUACUCAGGCUUGUUCCAAAGCGAGACAACUCGUUGCGAGAAGAAAAAACUAAACAAGAACACAAUGAAAGACUUCGUAUUCAAUUCGCCAAGAAAGCCAAUGUUGUUGGUCCUUGGAUUGAGCAAGAAAAGGAGAGACUUCGAAAUAUUGGUUUUAAUAUGACAGGAACACUCGAGAAAAAUCUUCAAAUUCUAAAAGAACAAGAGGAAAUUCUCUCUCAAUACAAGCCAAACAUCGAAGAACUCGAGCUCAUUAACCAGCAAGUACAAACAGCUUUGAUAUUUGAGAAUCCACAUACACACUACACAAUGGAGGAUCUCCGAGUACGCUGGGAGCAACUUCUCACAGGAACAGCUAUGAGUAUCAACGAGGUGGAGAACCAGAUCUUGACUCGAGAUUCCAAGGGAAUUACUGAAGACCAAAUGAACGAGUUCCGUGCAUCGUUUAACUUCUUUGACAAGGAUGAAAAUGGCAAACUGGAACCCAAUGAAUUCAAACAAUGUCUCGUCAGCUUAGGAUACAGCUUAAAGGAAGGAGAAAAGGGUGACAAAGAAUUCGAGCGCUUGAUGAGAAUUGUCGAUCCAAACAACACGAAGAAAGUUACAUUCCAAGCGUUCGUCGACUUCAUGACAAGAGAGACCGCUGACACAGACACUGCUGAGCAAGUAAUGGAAUCUUUCAGGAUUUUGGCUGGCGACAAGCCUUACAUCACUGCGGACGAACUGCGCAGAGAAUUACCUCCCGACCAAGCAGACUACUGCAUCGCACGCAUGGCUCCCUACGAAGGCAGAGAUGCUGUCCCUGGUGCGCUSGAUUACAUGUCCUUCUCCACAGCACUUUAUGGAGAAAGCGACCUCUAAUAAUAUAGUAAUAAUAUCUAAUACUUAUCAAGAUUUUUGUAUGGUUAUGUAGGGGUGAACGAUGUUAAUGGAAAAGUAGGAUUGAUAUUUUUAAAGACUAAUUCCUUUAGAGCUAUCGGAUGUGACUUCGCUUAGUACUUGUAAAAACGACUUUCGAUAGAGAAAGUGACAUUUCUUCCGCACAAAACAAACUAGCUUAUUUUAGUAGAAAAAUAUAUUGUUUCAUCUCUAUAUUAUGCAACAAAGUCGUCUGCUGAGGAGAAGAAUAUUUUUGCAAAUUGAUAGGACGUCCCGGCCAUGUCACCAAAUGAAAGUUCACAAAGCAAAAGAAAAAACACCCACAUUUUACUAGAAAAAAUCAUGUAGUUUCCACUGUUUUCGUAAGAUUUUCAAUUCCUUACAAUCGAAAAWAUAUACUGUUUAAUGAAUUUCGUUGGAAAGAGUUUUGCAAGUUUUUUGCAAGAUCACGUAAUUUAACAKAGUCUCUCGCACCCUUGACCACAGCAAAAUAAACACCUCGUUUUUGUUAAUUCUUCAAGCUAAAGGAGAUCCAGUAGCCCAUACAUGUGAAUUAGAAAAAAUAUAGCUUUUGUAAUAAAAUUGAACUAACCUGCUGUAGCUAAACAUUAACUGAGUUUUAUAGAUAUAUUUGGUUGAAGUUUACUCCRUGUAUCCCAUGAUGCUUUGUAUUUAGUAUAUAGCGUGAUUGUAAAGUUAAUUGCCCUCAUACUUUUCCCAAAAUGUAGUGUUUAAACUCGAUAAGAAAUGAAUAAUUUUAAUAAAUAAAUAUGACUGUUUUAWGUUA